AUGCCUGGGAGAGAGGUGCUGCUGCUGCUGCUGCUGGCAGCAAUGGUGACUCUUGUUGCUGCCAGAGGGGCAGAGCUGAAUGAAGGGAGUGGUCUGAGAAGGCCGGUGUGUGAAGACUUGGCUGACGUGCAGGCCUGCCCCCUCCUGUACUUGCCCAUCUGUGGGACUGAUGGGAAUACCUACGCCAGUGAAUGCCAGCUCUGUGUGGAAAAAAUGAAAACUAGGCAAGACAUACGGAUUUUGAAAGAUGGGGAGUGUCAAGAUACCUGAGCUUUCUGAUAGCUUUCCUGAGCCUAAAAACAGGUGAUUAAUUGAUCCUGUGAGCUCUGUGCCAAUUGCCCAUUUAAGCUAGCUAUGGUGAAUAAUAAAAUGACAUGCACAAUCUUAUUUCAAAAGCAAUUUCUUUAUGCAUGGCUGGAGGAAAACAGCAUAAGCCAGU